CCGGAAUCUCGCGAUAAAUGUUUAUAGGCUCGCGAGAGCACGCCGGGUAGACGGGUUUUGGGGCGGCCUUAGCCGGCGUAGAGGAGUUGCAUGUGUCGCUUCAGCUGGCGGGAGCGGCGGGAGUGGAGGCGGCCGGGGCUGUGCGACCGCCCGGGUUUAUGAAAUGGCUGCUGACAUUUCUGAAUCCAGUGUGGCUGAUUUCAAAGGGGAUCCAAAGAACAGUGCCAAGUUAGAUGCCGAUUACCCACUUCGAGUCCUUUAUUGUGGAGUCUGUUCAUUACCAACAGAGUACUGUGAAUACAUGCCUGAUGUUACUAAAUGUAGACAAUGGUUAGAGAAGAAUUUUCCAAAUGAAUUUGCAAAACUUACUGUAGAAAAUUCACCCAAACAAGAAGCCGGAAUUAGUGAAGGUCAAGGAUCAGUAGGGGAAGAAGAAGAGAAGAAAAAACAAAAGAGAGGUGGAAGGGGUCAAAUAAAACAGAAAAAGAAGACUGUUCCACAAAAGGUCACCAUAGCCAAAAUUCCCAGAGCGAAGAAGAAAUACGUGACAAGAGUAUGUGGCCUUGCAACUUUUGAAAUCGAUCUUAAAGAAGCACAAAGAUUUUUUGCUCAAAAAUUCUCCUGUGGUGCCUCAGUAACGGGGGAGGAUGAAAUCAUCAUUCAGGGGGACUUCACAGAUGACAUCGUUGAGGUCAUUCAGGAAAAGUGGCCAGAGGUGGAUGAUGACAGCAUUGAAGAUCUUGGAGAAGUAAAGAAGUGAUUAUGAAAACUUGUAUUUAAUGACCUGAACUGAAAGUUGUAAGGCCAAUGAGAGAGGCUUUUUAAAAAUAUAUAUAUUUAUCCUGCAGUGAGACUGCAGCCUGCCCUCGUCCUUGGCGUUUUCACUGUUCUGCACAAGGCUGCUUGGUUUUUGUUUUUUGUUUUUAUUGCCACAGUGUAAUAAACAGGGAAGACUGUCAUGCUUAUGCAUGAGUUAGAAUUCAGUAAAAUAAACAUUUCUGGUCAUUUGGUACUUUCUACUUUUUUAAAAAAAUUAUUUUGGCAAAUCACUGCAGGCUUCUUUAUUUUGCUGUGCCGGGGAUCACACCUGGAGCCCUGUGUGUGCUGGGCAGGUGUCAUGCCAGUGACAUGUCUCCGCCCCAACACUGCGGGCUGCCUGGCAAGCUAUUCUGCUGGAUUCUUGCUCCCCAACAGCAGAGCGUUUUUACGAGAAUUUUAACUUGGCUUCUUUGCCAGUCAAGUGUCCAUUGUCUUGGUGUGACAUUGUAAGGUGGGUUAGGCUCACAGAUUGUGGUGGAAUUUGUUUCAUUGUUAACCAUAAGUCUGCUGUUACCUAAUAACUGCUGUUGGCAGUAGCCCAGGCUGCUCUGAGAUGAGGGGUUAAAAUAAAUAAUGCACUGUCAGACCCAGUAA